CUUCCGGUAAAUCUAAAAAUAUUUUUUGACAUACGCACACAGCGAUUUUGAAGUGUCAGAGUUUAAAAUGAGCUCCGGUUCGACCUGUGCUGUACCUGGUUGUCACAACAACUCGAAAAAGUUGAAGAGUUUUCAAGAGAACAUCUGUAUCGAGCACCAAAAGAGCAGGAAUGAGUGUCCGUGUGCUGCGCCGUAUGCACUUCACUGUAUGCCGACCAAAGCGGAGAGGAAACGGGCUUGGCUUUCGGCUCUGAAAUUAAAAAAUCCACCGAAAAGAGUUUAUGUGUGUUCGUUUCAUUUCGUCGAUAAAAAACCCACUGAGCUCCACCCGGACCCUGAACUUUACCUGGGUCAGGAUAGACCUCAACAGAGCAAGCGAAAACAAACUGAGGAAACCGGCGGACUUGGUGAGAAGAUGUCAGAAGACGCGGGCCGUCAGACGCGCAGUCAGAAGCGUGCGCUGGAGAGAGAUGUCCCUACUCCAGAAACGGAUGUUAAGCGGGUCAAGCUGGAGAGAGGAGAACCUGGAGCUGUAGAUGGACUCAAGACCAAAAGCGAACAGGCCAACAAGGUGGCGAACAUCCUGCGGGCCGGAGAGGUGAAGGCCACCAUCAAGGUGGAGGUGCAGACCAGCGACGAGCCCGUGGACAUGAGCACAUCCAAGAGUGACAUAAAGAAAGAGCGACCUUCGACACCAGAUGAUGAUGUCAUUGUUCUGUCAGACAAUGAGCCUUCUAGUCCUUGUAUGAAUGGGGUCAGCUACACUUUUAAGAAGACUGAUACUGAUAUGUUAAUGAAAAGCAGCCCGGCCGAACGUACACACAUCAUCAAGCAGCUGCAAGAAGAGCUGCGUCUGCAAGAGGCCAAACUGGUCCUGCUGAAGAAACUCCGGCAGAGUCAGAUCCAAAAAGAUGCUGUGCAAAAGUCAAGCAAUUCUGUGGCUGCUCCUCCACCUCUCGUCCGGGGCAGCAUCUCGUCCACUAAAGGACCCCUACAGGUCUCCAACCGAAACUCAGGGACAGUCAUUCCUCCUCCUCUGGUUCGAGGUGGAGCGCAGGUCUCUAAGCACAGCACCCAUAACACUGUAGUCAUGCCACCUUUAGUCAGAGGCUCACAGCCCAUUGCUGUGACCCCACAGCAGAUCGCUACUUUACGGCAGCAGCAGCAGCAGCAGCACUCGGGUUCCGGUCCUCCUCCUCUACUUCUGGGCACAAGAACAUCUGUACCCACUGUGCAAGUGCAGGGCCAGAGGAUCAUCCAGCAAGGCCUGAUCCGUGUGGCCAGUGUAGGCAAUGCAAACGUCCUGGUCUCUCAGGCCUCUUCAACUGGUUUGAAGACCUCUCAGUCUGGUUUGGGCAGCAGCUCUUCCAAUGCCAAUGACUCUCCUGCUAGCCGACAGGCGGCUGCUAAGCUUGCUUUACGGAAACAGCUGGAGAAAACCCUGCUUGAGAUCCCACCUCCUAAACCUCCAGCGCCAGAGCUCAAUUUUCUGCCCUCAGCAGCCAAUAAUGAGUUCAUUUACCUGGUUGGGCUUGAAAUGGUCGUCCAGAACCUGCUAGACACGCUGGCUAAAAGUAAGCAUCAACAGAGUGAUUCUGCUUCCAACACGGCACCCAAGGAACCCUUCACAUGCGCCCAGUGCCAGACGGACUUCACCUCUCGCUGGAGGCAGGAGAAGAACAACGGCUCUAUCCUGUGUGAGCACUGCAUGAGCUCCAACCAAAAGAAGGUGCUGAAGGCCGAGCACACCAGCCGACUGAAGGCUGCCUUCGUCAAAGCCCUGCAGCAGGAGCAGGAGAUCGAGCAGCGCAUUCUGCAGCAGGCCGCCUCACCCAAGACCACCACCACCUCCUCUUCAUCCUCCUCAUCCUCGCCCGUUAUUAAAGCCGAACACGUGCUGGUGUCGCCGCAGUAUAAGCAGGUGCGCGCGUCACUGCCCCAGCAGACCAACAGGGGUCACUACCACACCACAACCAUCAAGCAGACUCCAGGCCAGCUGUCCCGCACCGUGCAGCAGGUGGUGAAUGCGGGCGCACGUGUGAGCCACAGCUUCUCCACCUCCUCUCAGCUCCAGAACGCCGCCACGGCCGCCGCGCUGGUCAGCAGGCCAGGUAAGCAUGCUGUGAGGGCAGGGGAAAAGGGCACCAGCAGCAGCAAAGCCACCACCAAUACCUGGAGGAAACAGAACAGCGGCACCACAGGUGUCACCAUGGCUUAUGUGAACCCCAGUCUGUCCGUGCACAGGACGACGUCUCCGGUGGACCGUCAGAGAGAGUACCUCUUGGACAUGAUCCCUUCCCGCUCCAUUUCCCAAACGGCAAACACAUGGAAAUAAUGCUCCAAUGAAAAGAUUCUCUCAGUUAUAAUUCUGUCUUUUUGGACGUUCGGUCGGUUUUCGGUAACAGACAACCUGCCGUUAAGCAAUAAUAAAAUGUAAAAAAGGAAAAAAGAAAAAAAAAGAAAAAAAAGCUAUAUUUUCUCUCCAUCUCUCCUUUGUUCCGAGACCCUUAGUUUGUACAGUCACAGGUAAGACCCCAUAGGUUAACUAAUGGAGGAGCUGUACCAGGAUCAGUGAGCAAGGAGAAGCAAGGACCUUUUCUUCAGGCCUUCGAAUGAAUCCAUCUACUGAAUCCCUCCAUUACCCAACGGGCUUUAGCUAUCUAAUACACAUCCGCAGCGAUGACCCUCAAUUUACGGAGAAAUUGCUCCAUCAAGUGAAACUAAAGCCUCCAUUAGGCGUUUUUAGAAGCUCGUGGACACUUGGGAUGGAGGACACAGGACCGUGGAGUUCCUACAAGACGCUAGAGAUUGUUUUAUGACCUUUCAGUGGACCAUCUUUACGCUUUAUCUACCCGCAGCGUCUCUUGAACAGAUACGGGAGUUUAUGUUUGUGUUUUUUUUUUCCGUUUGUUUGUGUUUUUUAGCUUCACUGUGGACUCAUUCCACCCUUUUGGAAAUGGCCUUUUUUGAAAGGCCGCGAGUUUAAGAAAUUGUUAUUUGUCGUUGAGGUGGUUAUACAUCUGCUGGUGUAGUGUGUAUUUUUAAAUAAUUUGGGUUGUUUUCUUUUCUUUGUAAGCUUAUAAAAGACAUUUAACCAAGAAUUGUGCAUCAGGGAUGGUUACAGAGAUGGACAUAACUAACAUAAAUAAGCAGCAGCCGCAACAGGACUACUAAUAGAUCAUCGUCUUUCUUUUUUUCUUUUUGUUUGAGCGAUUUGAUGAUAGCUCUUUUUUUAUUUUACAGAAACAAGUUACGCAUUUAGUUACCAUUGUGAUGUGCUUCCCCUUUAGGCUUUCUCGCAGCAGCAUCUAGGCAUUAUUUGGAUGUUGUGUUAUUUAUAAAUGUCACUUUAGAUGAAGGAUAUCCCCAUAGCUCCUUCCCAAAUAGAUUAAGAAGGUUGUGAAUUGGAGAUCGGACUGUGUUUAGGGUGUUUGAAUGCUUCAAAAUGUCCUGUCUUCGAUCCUGUUGGAAGUCAUGGCUUAAUCGUUCCUUAAAGGAAAUUCUGGGAUUGAAAGCAUUACUGCUUAUUGAAUGUAGCACAGGAUCUUAGCUAAAUGAACUUAAGUCCUACCUGUUAGGUGGUGGUCAUGUUGUUGUUUUUUUUUGUUUUUACCAUCUUUCGUUUUGCUUUCAUCUGAUUUGAUUCGCUAGGAGUAUGCUCUGGAUUUUUGCUGAGCAGUUAUGUAUGUUAUAAAUGACAGCUCGGAUCACUUAGUCAAAACAGUCCAACGAACGUGUCAAUCGAUUCGAUCUUUUCGAUUCCCCUCUCUCGGUCGGCGAUCUUAAAAGCCUGUGGAAAUUUUUUUGGUCACAGAUACCCCGUUUUUUUUUUUUUUUUUUAAUGCUGUUCUGACUACUGCCUGCUGCUGACAACUAACACCAUUCCAUUUCCCCCUCGGAUGCUGCCGUCGUUUAUUGUGUAGCAUCUCUUUUAUGAAUUGUAAAAAAAAAAAAA